UCUGAUGCUGAGUAUGUAGUCUUUGAAUUCUGUACAAAAAGAAUAUCAACAUUUGGCAUUGAUCAUGAAAUUCUUAAUGAGGUCUAUAAAUUUCCCUAUCCUAUCCAAAAAAUGGUUGUUGAUGAAAUUUUUGUUGUAGCAAAAAAAUUGGAAAAAAGUAAAGGGCCUCCAGGUUUAAUAUCAUUAGACUGUCAGUGCUUGUUCUUCUGUCGUUACUUGCUGCCUUGCCGGCAUAUUUUUCAUGACCACAUUUAUGGUACCAAUAAACUAACCAUUGAUUCUUGGAGAAAAUUUCAACGAAUUUUUGAGGAUAAUGGAUUUGAAAUAUAUGAGAGUCGAGAAUUGGUUGAAAUUGAAGUACCAGAAAAAUCAGAGGCUGAAAAGCUGCAAAAAAUAGACGUAUAA